AUUAACAGUGAGCAGUCCUACUCCAAAAGGAGGAGGAGAUUUUUCAGAUAAAGUUCGUUGAAAUAUAGAGGUCUGAGAAAGAAUGGCUGAGAACAAUAAUCUGCAAGUGCUGAAGGCGUUGGACGUUGCGAAAACUCAAUGGUACCACUUCACAGCAAUUAUCAUAGCAGGUAUGGGCUUCUUCACAGAUGCCUAUGACCUCUUCUGCAUUUCCACAGUCACUAAACUUCUGGGAAGAUUCUAUUACACUGAUUUAACCAAAGCGAAGCCUGGAGUUCUUCCUCCGAACGUCUCUGCCGCCGUCAAUGGAGUGGCCCUGUGCGGAACUCUCGCUGGACAGCUCUUCUUCGGAUGGCUGGGAGACAAGAUGGGGCGGAAGAAAGUGUACGGAAUGACACUGAUGGUCAUGGUGAUCUGCUCCAUAGCCUCAGGUCUCUCCUUUGGCCACACGGCCAAAUCUGUGAUGACAUCUCUGUGCUUCUUCCGAUUCUGGCUGGGCUUCGGCAUCGGUGGAGAUUAUCCUCUGUCGGCCACAAUCAUGUCCGAGUACGCAAACAAGAAAACCAGAGGAGCGUUCAUAGCUGCCGUUUUCGCCAUGCAAGGAUUCGGGAUUCUCACCGGCGGUGCAGUCGCCAUAAUUGUUUCGGCAGCGUUCAAGAACAAAUUUAAGGCUCCGGCCUAUAUGGAUGAUCACAAAGCAUCCACUGUCGCUGAAGCAGAUUUCGUUUGGAGGUUAAUUCUCAUGUUUGGAGCUGUCCCUGCGGGUUUGACCUACUACUGGCGGAUGAAAAUGCCCGAGACCGCCCGUUACACGGCCCUUGUGGCCCGGAACGCCAAGCAGGCCGCGGCCGACAUGUCAAAAGUCCUGAACGUUGAAAUCGUGGAGGACAAAUCCAAGGUGGACGAGAUUGAAAGAAAAGAAGAGGGCUACGGUUUAUUCUCCAAGGAAUUCGCAAGGCGUCAUGGGCUUCAUCUGAUGGGCACCACAACCACCUGGUUUCUCCUCGACAUCGCUUUCUACAGCCAAAAUCUUUUCCAAAAGGACAUCUUCACAGCCGUCGGAUGGCUCCCUGCGGCGAAAAAAAUGAACGCACUGGAAGAAGUGUACCGCAUUGCUAGAGCACAGUCAAUCAUUGCUCUGUGUUCUACAGUCCCCGGGUACUGGUUUACAGUCGCUUUGAUCGAUCGCAUGGGUCGGUUCUCCAUUCAAUUGAUGGGAUUCUUCUUCAUGACGGUCUUCAUGUUUGCCCUAGCCAUUCCGUACAACCAUUGGCGAGGCACCAAAUGUGGCGACAACUAUUGUGACGGAAACCAUAUCGCCUUUGUUGUUCUCUACUCCUUCACCUUCUUCUUCGCUAAUUUUGGUCCCAACAGCACCACAUUCAUCGUCCCGGCGGAGGUUUUUCCUGCCAGGCUUCGAUCCACCUGUCAUGGCAUAUCGGCGGCGGCGGGGAAAGCCGGCGCUAUAAUUGGAGCCUUCGGAUUUCUGUACGCCGCCCAGAGUACUCAUCAAAGUGAGGUGGAUGCCGGCUACAAGAAGGGUAUCGGGAUUAAGAACUCUUUGAUUGUUUUAGGAGUAAUAAAUGCUCUCGGCUUUCUGUUCACCUUUCUGGUGCCUGAGACGAAAGGGAAAUCUCUGGAAGAACUUUCCGGCGAGAAUGAAGAACAGCAAACUGAUAUUGAAUUGUCUGCUUGACCGCCAUAUUUCCUACCAUGUUUAUGUCUUUCCAACUAUAUGUUCCAGUGUGAAAUAAAUUAAGAAAUGCC